AUGAGCGAGGAGGUGGAGGAGUCACAGCUGCCUGAGGAGGUGCUGGAGGUUGAGGAGCAGGGGCAGCAUGAGCAGGAGGAGGUGCAGCAACAGGAGGGAGAGCAGGAAGUGCAGCAACAGGAGAAAGAGCAGAAAAUCAACCAACAUGACGUAGAUCAAAAGCAAGUAGACUUUCAGGAGGUCCAACAGGAGGUGCUACAGAAAGAAGAGGACCAGGAUCGAGAACAAGAGGUGAAUCGACCUGAAGAAGAGCAGCAAGAAGAGGAGAUGCAAAAGGAAAAGGAGGAGGAGGUGCAGCGAAUUGAAGAGCUGCAGCAGACUGAGGAGGAGGAGCAGACUGGGGAGAUGUCACGGACUGAAGAAGAGCAGACGGAGGUGCAGCAGCAGACUGAACAGGAGCAGCAUAUAAAGGAGGAGCACCAGGCAGAAGAGGUACAGAUUGAGGAGGUGCAGCAGAUUGAGGAGGUUCAGGACUUUGAGGACACUCUGCAGCAGAAUCACCAGGUCCUGAUUCGACUGAGAGGAAUGCAGAAAUAUAAAAGCACAUCAGAGAGGCUGAAGGGGGUCCUGGAGCAGAUGGACCGCGGUGUUGUGGAUCUGCAGGAACUCCGCAGAAACCUGGAGCUCGCUGCUGCCAUGUUGGAUGCUGUUUACACUGAUGAGACCAGGCGUCUGUUGGACACCGAGGAUGAGCUCAGUGACUUGCAGGCUGAGUCAGUGCCCAGUGAAGUACGUGAUUGGCUGGCAUGUACCUUCAGCAGGAAGAUGGGUGUGGCUAAGCGUCGUCCUGAGGAGAAGCCAAGAUUUAGGAGCAUUGUCCAUGCAGUGCAAGCUGGGAUAUUUGUAGAGAGGAUGUACAGACGGACAUCCAACAUGGCUGGUCUGACGUACCCUCCCACGGCUCUGACAGCCCUAAAGGAAGUGGAUCAGUGGUCGUUUGAUGUUUUUACAUUUCAUGAGGCAACUGGAGACCACGCCCUCAAGUUCCUGGUCUAUGACCUGCUGACCCGCUAUGACCUCAUCAACAGGUUCAGGAUCCCAGUGCAGGCUCUGGUGCAGUUUGUUGAGGCUCUGGAGAAUGGCUACAGUAAACACAAGAACCCCUACCACAACCUGAUUCAUGCCGCUGACGUCACUCAGACUGCCCACUUCCUGAUGCUGCACACUGGACUGAUGCAUUGGCUUAGCGAGCUGGAGAUUCUUGCGAUGGUUUUUGCUGCAGCAAUUCAUGACUUUGAACACACAGGAACCACCAAUAACUUCCACAUCCACACCAGGUCGGAGGUGGCCAUUCUAUACAAUGACAGAUCUGUGUUGGAGAACCAUCAUGUCAGUGCCGCUUACAGGCUGAUGGCAGAGGAGGACAUGAACAUCCUGGUAAACCUGAACAAGGAUGACUGGAGGGAGCUGAGGGCUCUGGUCAUAGAGAUGGUGAUGUCAACAGACAUGUCGUGUCACUUCCAGCAGAUCAAGACCAUGAGGAAUGCCCUGACACAGACACACAGUAUAGACAAAGUGAAGGUUUUGUCUCUGAUGCUUCACGCUGCAGACAUCAGUCAUCCAGCCAAGGCCUGGCCUCUGCACUAUCGCUGGACUCACAGUCUGAUGGAGGAGUUCUUCAGACAGGGAGAUAAAGAGGUGGAACUUGGCCUUCCUUUUUCUCCUCUUUGUGACCGCAAAGCCACCAUGAUUGCCCAGUCACAGAUAGGGUUCAUAGACUUCAUUGUGGAGCCAACUUUCAGUGGUCUGAUUGACACAACAGAAAAGGUCAUUGGUCCUCUGAUAGAAGAGGACAGGAAGGCCAGAGAGACUGGAAACAGAAGGUCCAGUCUAACAGGAAGUGGCUCAGUUACCGUGGAGUCGGUGCAGAGACACAGUAGUAGUCGCCACGGGAACAGUGAUGAUGGACAGAUGGACUUUUCCCUGACAGCCAUUGACCUGCCGACUCUGAGGCUCCACCUAUCUGGUGUCAUCGCCAGCAACAAAGACAGAUGGAAAGAGCUAUCUGUGCAUGAGCUGGCCAAUAAGGAGCAAGAGGAACAAGAAGAAGUGGAGUCUAAUGUCAACUCAGACAUCCAAUCUCAUGUCUCACUCAGUGACAAUGUCCUUGAUGGAAACACCUCUGACCAAUCACAGACGUCAGACAGCUCACCUCCUGAUGAAACACAUGACAAGUCUCCAGACUGCAUGCCUGCAGAUCACCUGACCUGGAACGGGGCUGGGCCAAUGGAGGACAAUGAGGAAGACGAUGGUGAACUGCCUGAAAAUGCCUGA